AUGGCUGUGAAUAAGUGCGUCAAAUACCUUCUCUUCUUCUUCAACCUUCUUUUCUGGCUCAGUGGCUGCAUCAUCCUUGGUGUGUCCAUCUACCUGAGAGUCAGCAAGGAUGGCAACGUGAUCACUAAGGAAUCUCUCCCUGGCAUCGACUUGAUGAUCGCCAUCGGAGUGAUCAUCAUGCUGCUCGGCUUCUUCGGCUGCUGCGGUGCCAUCAGAGAGAACCGCUGCAUGCUGCUGCUGUUCUUCAUCAGCCUCCUCGUCAUCUUCGUCCUCCUGCUGGCAGCGGGCAUCCUGGGAGCCGUGGGAGAGAAGAAGGUGAAGGACUGGGUGAAGGAGCGACUGGAAAAAUUAAACCCACUGUCCAAGCAACCAGAAAAUGUGGUGAAAGACCUGGAGCGACUUCAGGAGGAGCUGAAGUGCUGUGGACUUACCAAGGGAGCAUCAGACUGGGAAAAGGUUCCUGACUCCUGCAAGUGCAACGCCACCGUUACAGAUUGCUCGUCCUCUGGCACCUACUCCACGCCCUGUGCCGUCCAAGUCAUCCGUCUGUUGGAGCAACACCUAGAGGUGGUGUUGGGAAUUGCAUUUGCCAUCGCCAUCCUGCUGAUUGCGGGUAUGGUCUUCUCCAUGGUCCUGUACUGUCAGAUCGGCAGGAAGGAUGCCUCCACCGCCUGA